GCGAUUAGGGUUUCUACUUGUUCACAAACCCUAAGCAGCCGAGAAAGAGAGAGAGAGCUGAAACAUGGCUGAUUCACUUGUGUUGCGCGGCACCAUGCGAGCCCACACCGACUGGGUGACCGCAAUUGCCACCCCUAUCGACAACUCCGACAUGAUCGUGACCUCCUCCCGUGACAAAUCAAUCAUCGUGUGGCGUCUGACCAAGGAAGACAAGACUUACGGUGUGGCACAGCGGCGUCUGACCGGGCACUCUCACUUUGUCCAGGACGUGGUCCUUUCCUCCGACGGCCAGUUCGCCCUCUCGGGCUCUUGGGACGGAGAGCUCCGGCUGUGGGAUCUGAACGCUGGAACCACCGCCCGGCGCUUUGUGGGGCACACCAAAGACGUCCUCUCCGUGGCUUUCUCCAUCGACAACCGGCAGAUCGUAUCCGCCUCUCGGGACAAGUCCAUCAAGCUCUGGAACACUCUGGGCGAGUGCAAGUACACCAUUCAGGACGGAGAUGCGCACGCUGACUGGGUGAGCUGCGUUCGUUUCAGCCCCAACACUCUCCAGCCCACCAUUGUUUCUUCCUCCUGGGAUAAGACCGUCAAGAUCUGGAACCUCACCAACUGCAAGCUCAGGUCCACCUUGGCCGGCCACGCCGGAUACGUCAACACUGUUGCGGUCUCCCCUGAUGGUUCCUUGUGUGCCAGUGGUGGCAAAGACGGCAUGAUUCUGCUCUGGGAUCUCUCUGAGGGUAAGAGACUCUACUCUCUCGAAGCUGGGAGCAUCAUUCACGCUCUUUGCUUCAGCCCUAACAGGUACUGGCUCUGUGCGGCCACUGAGACCAGCAUCAAGAUCUGGGAUUUGGAGAGCAAGACCAUUGUCGUUGAUCUCAAGGUUGAUCUCAAGCAGGAGUCUGAGAUGGCUGUUGAGGGCACUGCUACUCAAACUAAUGCUGGAAAAACCAAGGUUAUAUACUGCACAAGUUUGAGUUGGAGUGCAGAUGGAAGCACUUUGUUCAGUGGGUAUACUGAUGGAGUUGUUAGAGUUUGGGGGAUCGGGCGCUACUAGAAAGGCUCAAUGUUACCAGCUUUAAGCUGUGUAGGUUUCAGUUUUUGAAUAUUUCAUCUUUUUAUUUGACCAGACUUUUGAGGAUUCGGUAUCGGUUUUAUAAAUUUUACAAGUUAUCUUGUUUUGCUGAUUUUUUUUAUAAUAAUUUACUAUCAUGUUCUGUGUUA